UGCUUCACCAGGGCAAUUUUGUAGUUUCACAUGACUACAUUCAUAUUGUGUUUUUGGUGUUUUGUUGGUGAUCAGAAACUGAGGCAGUCAUGUGUGGGAAACAAACAAGCGAUCAUAUAUUCAUUUUGAGAGCUCUUCCUAUUUUUAAAGAGCUUCAGAGAGCCGAGCCUGCAGAUUGAAAGAUCGAGAGGAAAAAGAGUUAGGGAUAGAGAAAGGAAUCUGAAAGAUAAAAAAGAACGAAACCAUGGUUUCUGGGGAGCACAAGAGAGCCGCCCUUCAUGAGAAGCUGCAACUUCUUCGAUCCAUUACUAACUCUCAUGCAAAAAGCGAAACCUCCAUCAUAAUCGAUGCAUCAAAUUAUAUACAAGAACUGAAGCAGAAAGUUGAGCGACUCAAUCAAGAAACAGAAACAGUAAAAAAAUCUAGUGAGCAGACGUACUCAUGGCCUACGCUUACGGUGGAAACCCUAGAAAAGGGGUUUUUAGUGAACGUUUUCUCAGACAAAAACUGCCCCGGUCUGCUAGUCUUUAUAUUGGAAGCUUUUGAAGAACUGGGUCUUAAUGUAAUGGAAGCUAGGGUUUCUUGUUCAGCUAGCUUCCAGCUAGAAGCACUUGGAGGAGCAAAUGAAGAAAAUGGAGAAAACAUUAAUGACCAAGUGGUGAAACAAGCAAUUUCGCAGGCUGUCAAGAUCUGGAGUGAAAUUAGUGAGAAAGACUAAACUAUCCUAUGCCGAGGCAUUUCUCUGAUCUUUCUUCAUUUUCCCUGUUGUUGGAGUUAGGUCGGUAAUGUUGUCAAUCAAAGGAAUUGGCAAGUCUUCUACAAAGAAGUCUAUGAAGGAUCAAUGAUCCCAAUUUUAAAUCGAAGUCCAAGCAGUACAGUGGGAAACAACUCUGUGAGAGCUACGAAAGUCAUUAAUUUCAUGUAACAUCCAAAACAAUCGAAAAAAUCUCUGGUUAGUGUUGUUUUAUGUUGUAGUUAUAUUGAAAGACUUGCUAAAUAAAGUGCAUUAGUAUAAUCAUAUCUAUUCUGUCUUUUGAUAGGUGAAG